GGGCUGUGUGGCGUGAGGCAGUGCGUGUGCUCAGUGUUUAGGUGAAUCCACAGCCCUCUGCCUCACAAGGAUAAAGGAUCCGCACAGAGGAAGAUAGAGAGAAAAGCAACACAGGGACUUUCUCUUGCUUUUUUUUUUUAAAAGCAUCCUCUGCGCUCUUUCUUGUUUUUUUCGCUUCAUUCUCUCCACCGGCAGCCCUCCGUCUGUAUUUUUUUUUUGCUCCUUUUGUUCCCCCGCAUCCAUCUCUGUUUCAGUCCAGAGAGAAGGAAGGAAGAGCAGAGUCAGAGGCAUCAUCAUCCACCCCUCCUGCACGCCCAGCCGGUGGUGGGUGCUGAUGCUGUAACCACUGUGUGGAGCUGACAAGCCCUGGUUGAUGCAGUGAAGUGUUCCAGUGGGAUAAACACAAGCGAAGGUCGCCAGCCAUGGGGAACCUCAUUAAGGUCCUUGGCAAGGAUUUAGAGAACUGUCCACAUUUUUUCCUGGACUUUGAAAGGGGCUCAUGGGAAACCUCCUGAAAGUGCUGGCUUGCGCCGAACUUGAGCAUGGCCCAAUAGUUUUCCUUGACUUUGAACAUGCCCAGCCCACGGAGGCAGAGACGGCCGUGUGGAACCAGGUCAGCGCCGUGCUGGAGGAGGCUCAUGGGAUCCUGGCCGAGCUGCAGUCCUAUAAUGGCGCGGGCCAGGAGAUACGAGAAGCCAUCCAGAACCCAGGUGACCUCGCUCUUCAGGAGAAGGCCUGGAACGCAGUCUGCCCCCUGGUGGCCAAGCUGAAGAGGUUCUACGAGUUCUCUCUCCGACUGGAGAACGCCUUGCGCAGCCUGCUGGAGGCACUGACAAGCCCGCCGUACGCUCCCAUGCAGCACCUGGAGAGAGAGCAGGCUCUUGCCAAACAGUUUGCUGAGAUCCUUCACUUCACGCUCAGCUUUGAUGAACUAAAGAUGACAAAUCCAGCCAUUCAGAAUGACUUCAGCUACUACAGGAGGACUAUAAGCAGGAACAGGCUGAACAACCAGCAGCUGGAAGCAGAGAAUGAGGUGAACAAUGAGAUGGCCAAUCGGAUGUCUCUGUUCUACGCCGAAGCAACACCGAUGCUGAAGACUCUGAGUAACGCCACCACCAAGUUCGUUUCAGAGAAUAAGACCUUGCCCAUAGAGGACACCACAGACUGCCUGAGCACCAUGGCCUGUGU